AUGACUGGGAUUGCUGAUGAAGCCCCUGUGACCCUCAACACACUGAAGCAGUUAAUGGCACAGUUUGCCAAAGAGAGAGACUGGGACCGUUUUCACAGCCCAAGAAACCUUCUUUUGGCUCUGGUGGGCGAAGUAGGGGAAUUGUCUGAGAUAUUUCAGUGGAAAGGUGAGGUUCCAAAGGGUCUUCCAGAUUGGAAAGAGGAGGAAAAGGUUCAUCUUGGAGAAGAGCUUUCUGAUGUGUUGCUUUACCUUGUCAGGCUCUCUGACAUUUGUGGCGUUGAUCUUGGUAAAGCUGCUUUGAGAAAGGUUCAACUCAAUGCUAUAAAAUACCCUGCAAAAGUAUGCAGAGAGGUGGUUUCAAUUUCAAACAAGCCAGAGGAAAACCCUUCCACCAAUAAUGGCACUGUUCCUGAUGCUGACUGA